CAAUUUCGAUAAUAAAAAACUUUUAAAACAGUUGUUUCCAAUGCCGCAGCAUUCAGUAUUGUUCGGAACGUUGAAGAAAUGCGUGCCUUGUGCGUUCUAAGUUUGAUCGCUUGUUUGGGUAUAGCAUUGAUCUCUACAAAGCCUUUAAAUGAAACCGGCAACCUAAGGGAAACGGAGAUGAAUAAAACGAAAAUAGAUAAAAUGAUCAAAAACUUGCAAUUGCUUGAAAAAUUAGCCAAUGAAACAUUGUAUUUACCAAAUUCACCUAGACAGGAUCCAACGGCGGAGGAAACCAAAGAACCAACUGAAGAUGAAGCAGAAGAUCCAACUGGGGAGGAAACUGAAGAACCAACUGGGGAGGAGGCGAAAGAACCAAUUAUUAUACAAGGAGAAGAUGGAGAGUUCUAUAUUGUAGAGGAAGAAAAAGAGGAGGAAAAAGAAGAUACCGAUUUUGCAACUAUGGAUAAACCGACUGAAGCUCCAACUGGGAAUUUCCUCAAAUACCCCGAACACGAACCCGAUUUUAAGCCCUAUCCAAGGUUUGCCAUCCUCAGAAAUAGUUAUGUGCAUCGCAUGAACUUAGAUUUUUAGUGUACCCUCGGAUUUCAUCACAAAAUAAAUGAUAUUGACGUGUUCCUAAGCACAAUGUCAGUUUAUUUUGCUAGAUGGGGAAAUUCCAUCGGCAAUAAAGUGUGCACAGCUGAAACGUCUAUAACAAAA